AUGAGGCGUAAAACCACAAAACUCGACAUCACUUCCGACAAGACUCUCUACAGAUCAACAGACUUCGCCCCGGCACGUAAAGCUCUUGCAACAGAGACGGUACUUUUCACUGGAGGAGCUGCUUUCGAUGAGGAUGGUGUGCCCUAUCGUACAUUUCCCGAAGGCUCUGUGCAGUACGUCGGACCUCCGACCGCAGAGAUUGAUUCUGCGUGGGAAUACUUGCUUUCAGGACGGUAUUUCAUCAUAACGGAGCAGGAAGCAAAAGAGGCCUUUGGGUCCCGCUACAAAGACUAUUAUGUCGAGAAAGACUUCUAUACUGGGUAUAUGGUAGGCUUAGAUUUGUUCCAUGUUUUGCAUUGCACGAACAUGCUCCGAAAGCUCCUGGAUCCCGAAUACUAUUUUCCCCAGGGCACGAAUCGCGAAUGGGAAAGAUAUCACGUCGGUAUGUCGUGUACGAACCGCAGCGUCUUCAAAAUCAGACCCAUUGCAUUCGUCAGACCUAAGUGA